AUGGCUACCCAAGAAUCUCUGCUGCUACACAAACCUAGAAAAUCGAAAUCCUUUUCCAAAACAUUCUGGUUAAUCCUCUCUGUGGCUGCUAUCCUAAGCUCAUCAGCACUUAUUGCUUCUUAUCUCAUCAAACCUCACCAUGUCUGUGAACAUGCACUUGAUACAGCAUCAUGUUUACAACAUGUCUCAGAAGUAGCAGGUACUCAAGCUUUAACCACCUCAAAACACCACAAAUUCAAUUUGCUCCAAUCCUUCCUAAUGAAGUCCAUUUCACACAUUCAGAAAUCUAUGGACACAGCCAAAGCUAUCAAACUCAGGACUAACAGUCCGAAAGAGGAAGCAGCUUUGCAUGACUGUGAACAGCUUAUGGACAUGUCCAUCGACAGAGUUUGGGACUCAAUGAUGGCUCUAACUAAAGAGACCACUGGUUCGCUGCAAGAUGCACACUCAUGGUUAAGCGGCGUGCUCACUAACCAUGUCACUUGCAUGGAUGGGUUAGAAGGGUCAACUCGGGCACUGAUGGAGGUGGCUGAGCUUGACGAUUUGAUAUCCAGAGCAAGAACCUCUCUGGCCUUGCUUGUUGCGGUUUUGCCUCAAAAUCCAAAGGGUGAAGUAGAACUCAUUGAUGAACCAUUAAAUGGGAACUUUCCCUCGUGGGUGACAAGUAAGGAUCGGAGGCUUUUGGAGUCGUCUUCGGUUGGGGAUAUCAAGGCCAAUGUUGUGGUAGCCAAGGAUGGGAAGUUCAAGACCGUGGCUGAGGCUGUGGCGUCCGCACCCGACAAUGGUAAGACAAGGUAUGUUAUCUAUGUGAAAAAGGGGACGUACAAAGAGAAUGUUGAUAUUGGUAAGACGAAGAAGAAUUUGAUGCUCGUAGGAGAUGGUAUGGAUGCAACAAUAAUCACCGGCAGCUUGAAUUUUGUCGAUGGAACAGGCACCUUUAGCACUGCCACUGUUGCUGCGAAUGGUGAUGGGUUCAUAGCCCAGGAUAUGUGGUUCCAAAACACAGCAGGCCCAGAGAAGCAUCAAGCAGUGGCUCUGCGCGUGAGCGCUGACCAGUCGGUGAUAAACCGUUGCCGCAUUGACGCUUAUCAAGACACUCUCUAUGCUCACACCAACAGGCAGUUCUACCGUGACUCUUUCAUCACUGGCACCAUUGACUUCAUCUUUGGAGACGCAUCUGUUGUGUUCCAGAAAUGCAACCUGGUGGCCCGAAAGCCCAUGAGUAACCAGAACAACAUGUUCACGGCCCAAGGACGAGUAGAUCCAAACCAGAAUUCAGGAACUUCGAUUCAACAAUGUCAACUAACACCGAGCUCGGAUCUCAAGCCCGUCGUGGGUUCUGUUAAAACUUAUCUGGGCCGCCCAUGGAAGAAAUACUCCAGAACCGUUGUGAUGCAGUCGUCACUUGACAGCCAUAUAGACCCAGCAGGGUGGGCUCCAUGGGAUGAUGCCAGUAGCGACUUUUUGAAAACGUUGUAUUAUGGAGAGUACAUGAACAGUGGGCCAGGUGCUGGUACCAGCAAGAGAGUGAAUUGGCCUGGUUACCAUGUCAUUACAAGUGCUGCCGAGGCUAGCAAGUUCACAGUAACGCAACUCAUACAAGGUAAUGUUUGGUUGAAGAACACUGGUGUCACCUUCACUGAGGGCCUCUAGAUAUGGCCUUCAGAGACAGCAAGUGGAUUUUGCAGUAAUUGAAAUAAAAAUCAUGUGCAUCUGCUAUAUAUAUAUUUAUAGCCUAUAUGGCAAAAUGAAGUUCGGAAUGC